GUCCGUGGGGCUGUGCCCCCCUGUUUGUCCCCUUCUGACCUGGGGUUGGGGACAACAACCCUGUAGGGAACUGGGGAAGCUGAGGCACAGCCCAUAGAUGUCAGAUGUGGGUUAGGUGAGCGGGUGGGGGGGGGGGCAGAUCUCUUAUAUAACCAUGUCCCCCCUCCCCCCUUACCAGCCCAUGCCAGGGUUCUGGAUGGUCCUUGUGCCAGCGCCCAGAUUAGCUGUUCCCUCCUGGAUGGAUCCUGCUGUCCCUGGGUCCCCGCCAGGCCCUGUGCCCAUCCCCAUCCAUCCCCAUCCAUCCCCACUCACUGUCUGUGGGGCUUCACCACCUUCACUCCUUCCCUCGCCCAGCCCCACAAGCAGCAGCGCCCCACAUCCCCGACUGCUGGCACAAGGAGUGAAUGGGGAGCUGGACGGGUUGGUGUGGCCAGAUCCUGCCAGGGGCUGAGCUCCAUCACACUCAGCUCAGCAGCGAUGGACAGACCAGACCCCAUCUCUGCCCUUAUCUCCCUGCCUUCCUUAUCCCAGUCCUCAUUCCCAUUCCUGUCCCCACUCCAUCCCCACCUCCCCCAGCCCCAUCCCAACCCUAUGCCACGCACAGGGGGGGUCAGAGCAUCCCCAUUGGGGUGCUCGCGCUCCCACUUUGGUUCUGGGACACCCCGAGAUCCAGCACCACCCUGUAGACUGCAGCACCCACAUGGUUAUGGGGGGGGGCACAGCAGGGCCGGCUCUGGCCGCAGGCGCUGACACUAACCUGGUUAUCCACGAUGGACGGCUGCAAUCAGCGCCGAGCAGCCGCUGCCAUAACUCACCUUCCCCCCCCUCCCUGUUGGUUAUCGGGGCUAUAAAUGGGCCGCAGCAUUGACACAGCUCAGCCCCCACCAUGAGCAGCCUGGAUUCCAUCCGGGAGGGCUACGCACGCUUCGACCCCAUCUCCUACCUGCACAACAACUACGUGCCCCCCCGCGCCGACUUCAGCUCCGAGGAGUUUGUGGUGCCCUGGAAGCUGAGAUGUUUGGCCGAGACCUUCGGCAGCGGUGGGGAAACUGAGGCACAGGGUGAGAUCUGUGGGCGCACGCUCAUCGAUGUGGGUUCGGGUCCCACCAUCUACCAGCUGCUGAGCGCCUGCGAUCACUUCGAGGAGGUCGUGGCCACCGAUUACUUGGAGGUGAACAGGGAGGAGCUGCGGCGUUGGGUGCGGGGUGAGCCCGGAGCCUUCGAUUGGAGCCCCUUCAUCCGGCACGUCUGCAAGAUCGAGGGGCGCGGGGAGCCCUGGCAGGACAAGGAGCGGCGCUUGCGGUGCCGCCUGCGGCGCAUCCUCCCCAUCGACGUGCACCGUUCGGACCCUCUCGGUUCUCCUCUGCACCCUCCGGCCGACGCUUUGCUCUCCACCUUCUGCCUUGAAGCCGUCAGCCCCGACCGAGCAUCCUUCGGCCGAGCGCUGCUGAACGUCAGCUCAAUGCUGCGCCCGGGGGGGCACGUUGUGCUGCUGGGGGCUCUGGGGGAAUCCUUCUACCUGGCUGGAGCUGCUCGGCUGCCCGUGGUGCCGCUGGCUGAGGAUGAUGUUCGUGGGGCUCUGAGCGAUGCUGGAUUCACCCUCCGUGAUUUCCGUUCCUAUUCCAUGCCCCCAGCGCUGCGCACCGGUGUGGAUGAUGUGGAUGGGGUUUUCUUUGUCCAUGCACAGAAAGCACUGGAAGGCUGAGCCCCCCCCGUCCCUGCACCCCACCCCCCAUUUAGGCGGAUGCUGUGCUCCCAAAUCCUGCCAUCCCACCCCCAUUGCAUCCCAUAAUAAAGCCUGAGCUGAGCAUUG